AUGUACCAUGCCUCGUCUGUGGAGAUACUUUUGGCAACUCUAGACCUGGCGAAACAUGGAUUGAGUGCAAUAUGUGUCAAAACUGGGCUCAUCAAUUAUGUGCUGAUUACAACAGAGUUCACUUAUGAUGUACAGGUGAACACAAAGGAACUUGUCACAUCAGGCAGCUGUGGUGGUGUACUGGUAGCCCCUAUGUGUCUCCGUUUCAGUCGCUGUGAGCUGCAUGGGUUCGAAUCCUGUAUCUUGACUUUGGAUGUCGGUUCGACUAUUGGUGGUAGACAGUCUCGGGCUGUCAGAUGUGGAGGUAGCAUCCAGCGGAUCUCUGAGGGGGCGUCAAUUAAUUACGCUAAAUGUUCAGAAGAGAAGGGGGUCGAGCUGAAUCUCACCUCAUCGUGUGCAGUAGACAAGGAGGCUUCGAUAAAUAUCCCCGCAAAAGCAGUAUAG